AUGUUCAUCGAUGAAAAUUCCCAGGAAGUUCCAGCUGCCUCUCGACCUAUCUCUGAAGUAUUAAUAAAAAACCUUAGUAAGUUGACUCUCAAUCCUAGUACCAAAUUGCCUUCCGUUCUACCAGAAUAUCCACUUCAACAGAGUGGACAGAGACUUGAAAAAGGUACAGUGCCAGAGUUGUGGGUUUCUGUUUUAUUCAGGGACCUUUCUGAGGACUAUAGCCUGGGAAAUAGCGCCUCAGCUCUGAGGUUAUGCGCCUACGAGGUUCGAGUCCCAGCCACAUGGAUUCAAGUCCCAAUGUGGGAAUUGGCGGGAUUCGAGUCCCGGCACGUGGGUUCAAGUCCCAGUCUGAGGUGCACGGUUUCAGCUGGCAACCACGAAGGGACAGUGAUAAGAGACGACCCAAAUGGAAGCCAGCUUUUCUGGGUCAAUCUGGCCCUGGCAGACCACAAGGCCCACGGGUACCCAUACAAGGCCAGUUUACCCUGUGUGGACAAAAGGGGCACUGGCGGGAGGAUUGUGAUCCAUGUGUCCUUUGCAAACAGCCAGGUCACUGGAAGAGGGAAUGCCCCAGAUGCCAGAGAGCAAUGGGGGCCCCUCGGCCAUUGGUGGUUUUGCAAUCAGAAGACUGAAGGGACCCCAGGCCAAAAGUGGCUCUGCCUAGAGAUACCAUCUACAUAA